AUGGUCGCCUACUCGUCUCUUCUCCUCGCUCUUUCGGCUGCCUCGAGCGCCGUCGCUCUCCCCAAUGGCAAGGCCCUGCUGGACAUGGCCAAGCGCAGCCUUACUUCUUCCGCGGAAGGCGAGAGCAACGGCUACUUCUACUCCUUCUGGACCAACGGUGAGGGCGACGUGACCUACACAAACGGCGACGGUGGUGAAUACACCGUUGAGUGGACCGACUGUGGUGACUUCGUGGCCGGCAAGGGUUGGAACCCUGGCAGUGCUCAGGCCGUUACCUACAGCGGAUCAUGGGAAACCGACGCCAACGCCUACCUGUCCGUCUACGGCUGGACCACCUCUCCCCUGGUCGAAUUCUACAUCGUCGACAAGUACGGUGACUACGACCCCUCCUCUGGCCUGACUGAGCUCGGCACCGUCGACAGCGACGACGGAACCUACAAGAUCUACCAGACCACCCGUGAGGACGCCGACUCGAUCGAGGGCACUGCCACCUUCAAGCAGUACUGGUCCGUGCGCACUGAGGGCCGUAUUGGUGGAACUGUCACCACUCAGAACCACUUCGAUGCCUGGGAGAACCUUGGUCUGGAGCUUGGUACCUUCAACUACAUGAUCGUCGCCACCGAGGGAUACGAGAGCAGCGGGUCUGCCACUAUCACUGUUGAUACCUCUUCUGACAGCACUGAGGAGAGCUGCUAAACGCUCUUCUGAAGUGACUACUUUUGUCUUCUGUAUAUAAUCAGUCCCGAUCGGGUUUCACUUCUUGACCGAACUCAUAAUACCAUUGUCACAUCUGGUGUGGACACACCUAG